CUUUUGGAGAGGUUUUGCUCUCCGCGUCUCGGUCCUUACCUACGCCUAACAAUCGGAGCGCAUACGUGCUUGUUUCAGCGCCUGGCACUCUCUGCAGUUGAGUGGGCGGAGUCUCGCUGUCAGGCCUUUCUAGACUUCCCUGCAGUGGAUGUCAAUCACAGCAUGGACGCCACCGGAGACACAAACAGGCGCAACAUGAGCGGCCAGACUCGCCUGAAAAUGGUGGACUUUGAGAUGGAGGAGAACCACAGUCGCCACCAGACGGAAGGUCUGAGCAGCAAGCGGCUUGUGGUGCGGCGAGGAAGAGCCUUCAAAGUCACUCUGAUGUUUGAUGGACGUCUGUGGGAGCCGAGCAGCCAACGUUUGGCGCUGCAGGUUUCAUUAGGCGACAUGUCAGCCAAGAUGUUGGUCAACUUUACCGACAAGUGGUUCGACACGGACAGGUGGUCGGCCCGGGGUUACCCUGGCGACCUGCGCCGCCGCUCCGUCCCCAUCCACGUCUUCGCCCCGGUCCGGUCCUCGGUGGGCAUGUACCAGAUGCUGGUCCACAUAUAUGGUGCACAGGAGCGCCGCAGCUUCUUGGUGGGGACUUUUGUGCUGCUGUGCAACCCUUGGCUGGAAGAGGAUCUGGUCUACAUGCCGAAUGUGCUGCUGGACGAGUACAUCAAGAGGGACAAUGGCAUGGUCUACAUGGGAACUGACGUCAACGUUGUCCCGCGUCCUUGGUCAUUUGGGCAGUAUGAGCCCGGUGUCCUGGAGGCGUGUCUUCAGCUGCUACAGGUGAGCCCUCAGCACCUGAGCAACAAGCACAAGGACUACGUUCACCGGGCAGACCCCGUCUACCUGAGCAGGGUCAUGUGCGCAAUGGUGAACUCCAGUGACGACAUGGGCGUGCUGGAGGGCAAGUGGCAAGGCAGCUACAAAGAUGGCGUGGGGCCCACAGAGUGGAGCAGCAGUGCGGACAUCCUUCACCGCUGGUUGGCGUCCAAAGCCAAGCCGGUGCGUUAUGGACAAUGCUGGGUCUUUGCCUCCGUCCUCUGUACAGUGAUGCGAGUGCUGGGGAUUCCCUCCAGGGUGGUGACGGUCUUUAACGCCGCCCACGACACUGAUGGAAACGUGGUAGUCGAUGAGUUCUACUCCACCACCGGGGAGAAGCUGAGCCAGACAAAAGACAGCAUUUGGAACUUCCACGUGUGGGUGGAGUGUUGGAUGCGAAGACCAGACCUGGGCCUGGGUUUUGACGGCUGGCAGGUGGUGGACCCCACCCCUCAGGAGAAGAGCGCAGGGAUGUACCGCUGUGGCCCGUGCCCGGUGGCCGCCAUCAGGGGGCGCUGCCUCCGCACACCUUACGACGCCGCCUUCCUCUACGCCUCGGUGGACGCCGACAUCGUGCGCAUGAUGGUGCGGUCGGGCCGCUUGGUGAGCAAGACCACGGACAGCAAGUGUGUGGGACGCGCCAUCUUCACCAAGAGCGUCGGCUCGGACGCGGCGGAGGAUUUGACGGAGAGUUACAAGAAAAGUAAAAUUAGAGGAGAGCAGCUGAUGGCGAGGUGUACCAUGCAAUCUGCAAAUCUUUAUGACCGGUCCCAUCCUCAGGCUGUAAGUUGUCUCCGUAGUGGGACUUUGCCUAGUCCAGCUGAAGCAGACGGGUGCAGUUUGGACGUUUCCAUCGCCGUCGACGGAGAGCCGACUGCGGGCGAGAGCAUCGACCUGACCGUGACCCUCACCAAUAAAUUGGCGCGCCACCGCGUCCUGGUGGAGCACCUGAACGCUCAGCUGAAGGAAUUCAACUGCAGCCCCCAGAAAAGCUUCUGGAAAAGCCAUAAAGAAGUUUCCGUCCCGCCGUUUGAAGUUUUCACGCUGCAGCAUUCCAUCCCGCCCUCGGAGUACGAGUCCUUCCUGUCGGACGACGACAUUGUCAAAGUGUCGGUGGUCAUCAAGGACGUGAACACCAAAGAGAGAGUUUUGGCCACGCAGGACUUCAACAUCAGCACGCCCAAAAUUAGCAUACAGGUGGAAGGCGGUGACACCAUCCAGGUGAAGAAGGAGCACACGGCCGUGGUUUCCUUUACUAACACAUUCACCAAAGGCCUGAGCAGCGCUGUGCUGAAGGUGGAAGGUUAUGGGUUGUUGCAGGGCAAACAAGAAGCCAGGCUGGGUGUGCUGCAGCCAGGAGAGAAGAUGGAGAAGAAGGUUUCCAUCAUGGCGUCCACAAAAGGCACCAAGAUGCUCAACGCCACUUUGUCACACGGCGGCAGUUCCAAAGUGCUUUCCAGAAGCAUCCAUAAAGUGUCCAUCACCUCAUAGACAUGCUCCAAAUAGUACAACAUACUCUAUGUUUGUGUUGAUAUGUUUAUUAUUGUCAUGCUGCUGGGAAUACUACACUGGUAUACCACCAUGUAUACUACACUAGUAUACCACCAUGUAUACUACACUAGUAUACCACCAUGUAUACUACACUAGUAUACCACCAUGUAUACUACACUAGUAUACCACCAUGUAUACUACACUAGUAUACCAC